GACUCCGGGCUUGCUCGGUCGCCUCGUCGCUUGCAUCCCUGGUCAUGGCGGUCCCGGGACCCACAGCCCGAGCUGGUGCUAGGCCCAGAUUAGAUCUGCAACUUGUCCAGAGGUUCGUGAGGAUACAGAAGGUUUUCUUUCCUUCUUGGUCAUCGCAGAAUGUCUUAAUGUUCAUGACGCUCUUGUGCGUGACCCUCCUGGAGCAACUGGUGAUCUACCAAGUUGGCUUGAUCCCCAGUCAGUAUUAUGGAGUCUUGGGAAACAAAGACCUGGAUGGAUUUAAGGCACUGACCUUCCUGGCUGUGACACUUAUUGUCCUCAACUCCACCCUGAAGAGCUUUGACCAGUUCACCUGCAACCUGCUGUACGUGAGCUGGAGGAAGGACCUCACCGAGCAUCUGCACCACCUGUACUUCCGGGCCCGCGUGUACUACACCCUCAACGUGCUGCGGGACGACAUUGAUAAUCCGGACCAGCGUAUCAGCCAGGAUGUGGAGCGAUUCUGCCGCCAGCUCAGCAGCGUGACCAGCAAGCUGAUCGUCUCCCCCUUCACUCUUACCUACUACACUUACCAGUGCUUCCAAAGCACAGGCUGGCUUGGGCCUGUGAGCAUCUUUGGAUAUUUCAUCCUGGGGACCAUGGUGAACAAAACUUUGAUGGGGCCCAUCGUGACGAAACUGGUGCAGCAGGAGAAACUGGAGGGGGAUUUUAGGUUCAAGCACAUGCAGAUUCGAGUGAAUGCGGAGCCUGCGGCUUUCUAUAGAGCUGGGCUUGUCGAGCACAUGAGGACAGACCGAAGGCUGCAGGAACUCCUUCAGACCCAGAGAGAGCUGAUGUCCAGGGAGCUCUGGCUGUACAUUGGUAUCAACACCUUCGACUAUCUGGGCAGCAUCCUGAGUUACGUCGUCAUUGCAAUCCCCAUUUUCAGUGGGGUCUAUGGAGACUUGAGUCCCACAGAGCUUAGCACCCUGGUCAGCAAGAAUGCCUUUGUGUGCAUCUACCUCAUCAGCUGCUUCACCCAGCUCAUUGACCUGUCCACCACACUCUCGGAUGUUGCCGGUUACACGCACAGGAUUGGAGAGCUUCAGGAGGCCCUGCUGGACAUGUCCCGAAAAUCACAAGACUGUGAAGCCCUAGGCGAGAGUGAGUGGGAUUUGGACAAAGCCCCAGGGUGUCCGACAACAGAGCCAUCAGACACAGCUUUUCUGCUCGAUCGGGUUUCCAUCUUGGCCCCCUCUUCUGACAAGCCCCUGGUCAAAGACUUGAGUUUGAAGAUCUGUGAGGGGCAGAGUGUGCUCAUCACAGGCAACACGGGCACUGGCAAGACCUCCCUGCUGCGGGUGCUGGGAGGCCUGUGGGAGAGCGUGAAAGGCUCAGUGCAAAUGCUGGCUGAUUUUGGGCCCCACGGGGUGCUGUUCCUGCCUCAGAAGCCGUUCUUCACUGAUGGGACACUUCGGGAGCAGGUGAUAUAUCCCCUGAAGGAGAUCUACCCUGAUUCAGGUUCUGCAGACGAUGAGAGGAUCUUGAGGUUCUUGGAGUUGGCAGGCCUGAAACAUUUGAGGUGGGGAGGUAGGAUUGCAGAAAACACUGGACACUUGUGUGGACUCUCUGACCCCUGUCUGUUACAGUCCAGCUUGGUGGCAAGGACUGGAGGUCUGGACCAGCAGGUGGAUUGGAACUGGUAUGAUGUCCUGUCCCCAGGGGAGAUGCAAAGACUCUCCUUCGCCCGUCUCUUCUACCUGCAGCCCAAGUAUGCAGUGCUCGAUGAAGCCACCAGUGCCCUGACAGAGGAAGCGGAGAGUGAGCUCUACCGAAUUGGUCAGCAACUGGGGAUGACAUUUAUCAGCGUGGGACAUCGUCCCAGCCUUGAAAAGUUUCACUCCUGGGUUCUGAGACUCCACGGAGGAGGAAGCUGGGAACUGACUAGAAUCAAACUGGAAUGAAGGCAAGCAUGCAGGUUCAUCCGAGCAGCUGAGCUCCGGGGCCUGCAAUGCCCACAGACAAGAAAGCCCAGUGAGCUGGGAAGGAGCCACAGAUUCACCUGAGGUCCUACACAGGAACCCUAGAAGCCUCUAGCCCUGCCCACGGAUGGCCCUGCGGGGAACACUGAGGUUUCCCCAGCGCUGCUCUCGUGACUUCUUACAAAAUAGUUCAGAAGAUGUUUGCUCCUGAAAAACUGAAUGAACUGUAAGAAGUGAAGGGCCACGGUGAGAAAACUAUGGAACUCAAGAAAACUGGUGACAUUUCACAGUGAUAAGACUUUUUAAAAAAAACUUU